CCCCGCCGUGUGAACCGCUACGUGUCCAGUUGACCGGGGACCCGCGGGCGGCUGUGACCGGAAGAGCCGCGCGCCGACACGGAUCCUUGUGACUGUUGUUGUGUUAACACUCAACAUGUCGCCAGGCCGCCGCGGCGGUGAGGCGUUAGGGAGCAGGACACACCAAGGAGACGAGGACAGGAGGCUGUGAGAGGAGAUGAUGCUCUCGUCGAGGAGGAAGCCGGUCCUCUACUUCAAGGAGGAGAGGAGCCCCGCCCCCUGUCCCAGGCUCCUGUCUGGCCGCGGUGCGCUCUACAAGCUGUUCGGGCUGUGCAUGGCGCUGCUGCUCGUGUCUCUGCUCUGGCUGCAGCUCGGCUGCUCCGCCGAGCCGUCGGCCACGGCGCCGCCGCCCUGCCCCCCCGCCGCCGCUCAGGCGCCUGCGGCGGACGACCCCUCCUGGGGUCCUCACAAGCUGGCGCUCAUCGUGCCCUUCAGGGAGCGCUUCGACGAGCUGCUGCUGUUCGUCCCCUUCAUGCACGAGUUCCUCAACAAGAAGAAGAUCCGCCACCAGAUCGUCGUCAUCAACCAGGUGGACCACUACAGGUUCAACCGGGCGUCGCUCAUCAACGUGGGUUACCUGGAGAGCGGCAACGACACGGACUACCUGGCGAUGCACGACGUGGACCUGAUGCCCCUGAACGCAGCGCUGGACUACGGCUUCCCCGUGGAGGGCCCCUUCCACGUGGCCUCGCCCGAGCUGCACCCGCUCUACCACUACAAGACCUACGUGGGCGGCAUCCUGCUGCUCACCAAGGAGCACUACCACGCGUGCAACGGCAUGUCCAACCGGUUCUGGGGCUGGGGCCGCGAGGACGACGAGUUCUACCGCCGGCUGAGGAAGGCCGAGCUGCAGCUCUUCAGACCGAGUGGGAUCACCACGGGGUUCAAGACCUUCCUCCACAUCCACGACUCGGCCUGGAGGAAGAGAGACCAGAAGAGGGUCGCCUCUCAGAAACAGGAGCAGUUCAAGGUGGACCCUGAAGGGGGCCUGACUAACAUCCGGUACCGGGUGGAGUCCAGACAGGAGCUGAGCAUCAGCGGAGCCCCGUGCACCGUCAUCAAUACCAAGCUGGGCUGCGACCAGGGCCUCACCCCCUGGUGCCUGCUGGCCUAGAGGGGCCCGCCGGACCUGAUCCAGGCCCCUAGAGGGGCCCGCCGGACCUGAUCCACCACCCCAGGCCCCUAGAGGGACCCUCUGGACCCGAUCCACCCCCCAGGCCCCUAGAGGGGCCCUCUGGACCUGAUCCACCCCCCAGGCCCCUAGAGGGACCCUCUGGACCCGAUCCACCCCCCAGGCCCCUAGAGGGGCCCUCUGGACCUGAUCCACCCCAGGCCCCUAGAGGGACCCUCUGGACCUGAUCCACCACCCCCCAGGCCCCUAGAGGGACCCUCUGGAUCUGAUCCACCACCCCCCAGGCCCCUAGAGGGACCCUCUGGACCUGAUCCACCAUGGACACCAACUGGAGCUCCGAGUCCUCGGGGAUCCUCGGGGAAGAUUCUGUUUCUCAAGUAAAAACCUCCGAUGUCACGUGACUUUAGCGCGUGGCGAGGUCACGGGGUCGACCUCUGACCUCUCGUCUGGUUUUAACGUAACGUCUCUUUUAGUUUCUCGUGCUCGUCGACUGGAGGACCUUUACAUGUAUUUUAGUUUGUUUUUGUUCCAGAAUAAGAAACUUUAUUUCAAGGGUUUUGUUUUCAUUAUUAUGAGGAAAUCAUAAUAAAUUAUGUCCAAACGUCGCCGAAUAUAUAUAUAUAUAUAUAUAUAAAUAAUAGUCAUUAAAAAGUCCCCUGAGUU